AUGGGAUUUCUAAAGAUCCAAGUAGUGAAUAAAAUUGUAUUAUUUUGUGCUACGAUGUUGAUGUCAUUUGGGAUUACGAUUAUUGUAGUAGGUGUUGCGGUUGGGUUAUAUUUGGAUAAACUCUUUGAGUUGUUCAGCAUUUUGCCGUCUUACUCAUUUGCGAUAUAUCAGUAUGCAGGGUCUGCUCUUUUUUUACUAUCAAUAUCAGCGCUCAUCCACGCGGUCGCAAAGUACAACAAACCCGUCUUAAUCAUUCUCUUUUUUACUUGCAUCUUUGUUGGGUUCAUUGAAGUGUGGAGUCUUGUGACGGCGUAUCAGAACAUGUUGCACACACCAAAGUGUAUCGAAAAUUUGUAUGACACUACAACUAAAGGCAUCCGCCGUGAAAUCAACCUCAAAUUUGCUUGUUGUGGGUGGAAAACAUAUAACGCCAAUAGCUGCUCAUUCACUGCUACUGACAGAAAAGUUAGUUGUUAUGAUGAAAUGAUAUACCCCAUUAAUGUCAAUUACAUCAUGAUGAUCGUUUUGAUCACCAUAGCUACCCUGUUUUUGAUCGUAUUCACAGUCACUCUGGGCUAUCAAUUCUUCGCCUUCCCAUUAAUCCCUCCAAAAAAGAAUCAUGACACAAACCCACUUUUAUCUCAAUAA